CGCCUCCCUCCCUUCCCGGGGGUUUCGCCGGUGCCGCUUUCGGGCGGGGAGCGCGGGGGGAGCGCCGCCGUUCCAGAACCUCCCGCGCCAUAAAAGGCUCAGGGAUGGGUCGGGAACGCCGGGAAUUCGCCCGCACGGCCCCGAGGAGGAGCCCGGCCGGGGAAACCCUCCCCGCCCGAGUGUCCUACAUCUUCCAGAGGGGGAUCAGCAGCGCCGCUGGAUUUACGCGGAUUUAUUGUGGUUUUUUUAUUUCCUCUCCCUCCUCUUCCCACGCAGCGAUUCCCAGCCCCGGCUGCUCCCAGCGCCGCUCGCAGCCCGGCGGGGAGUGGGAGGAAAGGGAUGCUGGAGGGUUUGGGAAGAUCCGGAGCUUUUCCAGCCAUGCUCCACCUGGCGCGGCGGCUCCGGAGCUGCUCGGUCUCUGCCUGAGCUGCUGAGGCGGCUCUGGAGCCGCAGGAUUGAUGGAGAGGCGCUGAAAGAAUCCUCUCCCCGGUGUCCACCAUGGAGCUGCCCAGCACCAAAGACUUCCACUGGAAAUCCCUGGCGCCGCUGCCCAGCCGCCGCGUGUACUCCACGCUGGUGGAGGCGGGCGGGCAGGUCUUCGCCGUGGGCGGCUGCGACGACGGCGGCGUCCCCGUGGACUCCUUCGAGGUUUACUCGCCCGACGCCGACCGCUGGACCUCACUGCCCGCCAUGCCCACGGCCAGGGCCGGCGUGGCCGUCACGGCGCUGGGCAAGAGGAUCCUGGUGGUGGGCGGCGUGGGCGCGGGGCAGCUGCCGCUGAAGGUGGUGGAGAUGUACCACACGGACGAGGGCCGCUGGAGGAAGCGCAGCUCGCUCCGCGAGGCCGCCAUGGGCAUCUCGGUGACCGCCAAAGGCGAGUAUUACAGGGUGUACGCAGCGGGCGGGAUGGGCUCGGACCUGCGGCCCCACAAUUUCCUGCAGCAUUACGACGCUCUCAAGGACAUCUGGGUGUCCCUGGCUGCCAUGCCCACGCCCCGCUACGCCGCCACCUCCGUCCUGAGGGGCUCCAAGAUCUACGUGCUGGGGGGAAGGCAAUCCAAGUACGCCGUCAACGCCUUCGAGGUGUUCGACACGGACACGCGCUCCUGGGCCAGGUUCCCCAGCAUUCCCAACAAGAGAGCCUUCUCCAGCUUCGUGCCCACCGAGGAGAGGAUCUUCAGCCUCGGGGGGCUGCGCCAGGGCCGCCUCUACCGCCAGCCCAAGUUCAUGAGGACCGUGGACGUGUUCGACCUCGAGCAAGGUGGGUGGAUGAAGACGGAGCGCUCCUGCUACCUGAAGAAAAGGCGAGCAGACUUCGUGGCCGGCUACCUGCGAGGCAGAGUUGUCGUGGCUGGAGGCCUGGGGAAUCAGCCGACGGUGCUGGAGUCGGCGGAGGCUUUCCACCCGGAGAAGAACAAGUGGGAGAGCCUCCCCCCCAUGCCCACCCCGCGCUGCGCCUGCUCCAGCAUCGCCCUGCGGGACUGCCUGCUGGCCGUGGGCGGCGUCAGCCAGGGGCUCAGCACGGCCGUGGAGGCCCUGUGCCUGUCUGACUCCUGAUGGGAAC